AUAGAUUAAAUAGACAUGGAUAGAGCUUGGUGUUAAGCUGGUAAAUCAAUCUUAUAAAUAUCUUUUGUCAUUUUAUUUGAUUUGUAGCUAUAUUGAAUGUGUUCUUAUGAGCCUUAAGAAGGCAAUGUCUACUUUUUAGAAGUGGUGUUAAGUUUUUUCCUGCCCCUUUUAGAGAUCCUGAAGAACAUUUGUACACCUAGCAUGCUUUCUAGUUGACAUUCUUCCUUGUGUCUUAGGUUUGUUAAAAACCUAGAGUGAACACUUUAAAGGAGUGGUUGUUUUGAGACCACUGAGUGGGUGAAUGUGAUUAACCAAUAAUGUGCUUUCUUGCACCAGAACAUUGACAGGAGUGAGGUCAGAGAGUCAAAGGGUAGAGUUGGAGAGGCUGACCUUGGAGAGGACCUGUUCUGCCUCCUUUGUGGCAAGUGAGAGUGAGAAGAGGCUAGAUGAAGAUGCAGAGGACUUUUGGAAUGAAGAUGGGUGAUGUUGCAAAUGAAGUGGAAACUGAACAGAUACUCUGCGAUGCUUCUGUCAUGUCUUUCACUGCAGGAAGUUAUUCUUCUUACGUACAAGUUAGAGGAUCAGUUCCCUUAUACUGGUCGCAGGACAUUUCAACUAUGAUGCCUAAGCCACCUAUUACAUUGGAUCAGGCAGAUCCGUUUGCCCAUGUGGCUGCCCUUCACUUUGACCAGAUGCUUCAGAGGUUUGGCUCGCCCAUCAUUGUCUUGAAUUUAGUGAAGGUAUGA